AUGUCGAACCCAAAGGUCUUCUUCGACAUGACGGUCGGCGAUGCACCGGCCGGCCGUAUCGUGAUGGAGCUCUACGCUGACGUCGUUCCUAAGACUGCAGAGAACUUCCGUGCCCUCUGCACCGGAGAGAAAGGUAAGGGAAAGUCCGGCAAGCCACUGCACUUCAAAGGAUCUACCUUCCACCGUGUGAUCCCUGGCUUCAUGUGUCAGGGAGGUGACUUCACCGCCGGAAAUGGCACCGGAGGAGAGUCGAUCUACGGAGAGAAGUUCGCCGAUGAGAACUUCGCGAAGAAGCACACCAGUCCUGGUGUGCUGUCCAUGGCUAAUGCUGGUCCUGGAACCAAUGGAUCGCAGUUCUUUAUCUGUACCGCCAAGACAGAGUGGCUUGAUGGGAAGCAUGUGGUGUUUGGACAAGUUGUGGAGGGGAUGGAUGUGGUGAAGGCGAUCGAGAAGGUUGGAUCGGGAUCUGGAAGGACUUCCAAGACUGUGGCCAUCGCUGACUGUGGUCAAUGUUAG